CUUCAGACCCACCCACCUUCACCUGGAGCUCUGGCAGCUCCUGCUUUCUGUCCAAGAGAGUUUCGCUUUGUUUCCAAGAGUUUCUCUCUGCACUGGACUGGCAUGGAUUGAGGAUAUGUCAGUUCUUCCUUUCGCCUCUACCUUCUAAUGUUUGGAUUGCCUUCCAGCUAUUCACAUCUGGGAUCUGGCUUUCUACUGUGAGAGCAGAGCAGAGGCUCUUUGGAAUCAGCCAGGUGCUUCCAUCCAGGUCAGCAUACCUGCUUCCCGCCCACAAUUUCCACACAGGGCCUGUCAUGUGGAGUCCUCUGCAUCUCCUCUUGCUGUUCCAAGCCCUCGGUCCUUGCCUUGCUGGUUCCCUCCAGAGACAGCCUAAACACCUUCAGACACAAGAGGAUCAAGUGUUCCUGGAUGACUCUACUGCACAUCGAUUCUUGGGUCGCAAGCUUCUUUACAACCACUGGGAUUUUGAGCUGAUCCGUCCAGACAACCUGGAGCGUGAAUGCAAAGAGGAAGUUUGCAGCUAUGAGGAAGCCCGUGAAGUCUUUGAGGAUGACUUCAAAACAAAACAAUUUUGGGAGACCUACCCACACAAUGGAAAAGGGGGAGCAAGAACCCCUGGUGUGGAUGUGGCUGGCUUGGUGGCUGGCCUCAUAGCAGCCCUGGUGUCUACCGUCAUGUUUGUGAUCGUGGCCAUGUAUUGUGUCAAAUACCGGGCUAAGCAGAGGAGCCGGUCCAGAACUCAGAACAACUUGUAUCCUGCGUUGCCCCUUGCCAGCUUUGAUGAGGAGCCAAAGCCAGAGUCUGCACCAGGACUUCCAUCCUAUGAGCAAGCAAUGGAAUCUUCAGGCAUGCAUGAUGCACCUCCUCCGCCUUACAACAGGAAUAGCACCAACAGUGCCCCACCAACCUGAGCUGCCGACAGCUGGAUCAAUAUUUUUGGAAGAAAGUGUUAACCCCCACCUCCAAUUUAUGUGCAGAAAAAAACACUGUGCGACGACCUGAACAAAGCUGAGGGGGACACCUACAUAUGUGACACUGAUGUGGACAAAGGAAUGUGUAUUGGAUAUGAGUGUGCACUAUGUGAAGACUGUGUGUGUGAAGUGUGCAGGAGAGAAUGCUCUAUAACGUUGUUUGAGGAAUGAGAAUCUGAAAUCUGCGAAUGUGAAUAAUAUGACUGAUCUUUGCUACACUGGCAUGAAUAUGAAUCACCAAUUGUACAUCUCCAAAUCCAAAAUGUACACAGAAUCUUACACAAAUCUUUCUCCUUUUCACCACCUGUAUCAUGAACAAGCCUUGGGGUAGCUUUGUUUUCUAUCAUGGCUCGAGUGUGCAAGAGUUUGACGGAAGGUGGGUCGGAUGUGUGUGUGGUUCAGGAUAGACAUGCUUGUUCAUGCCUGAUAAAAUAACUAUCAGGGUCUGCAGGUCUUGAACAAGAAAUCUUAUGACCCAAGACUGGGCCCUAGCCUAGCAAUCUGCCCUUGACUCUGUAUGCUCAAGAGUGCUAUUAAGUUGCAGACAGGAAUAGGAGUGAAUAAUAUUGGCUUUUGUGGUUGGCUUGCAGUAUGAAGUCUCUGCAUUGGCUAAAGUCUGGCAUAAAUACUGGUAGCCUGGCCUUCUGCGCUUGCCUGUUUAAUAGAGAGCCAUGCCUGCUAUAUGGUCCUAAUCUAAAGAACAUGCUUUCCAUAUCUAACAACAUAGGCCUCGCAGGAAGCUGCUCUACACCAGGUCAGACUAUUUGUCUAUCUAGCCUAGUAUCAUCUGCUAUGAUUGGCAGUUGCUGUCCAGUGUCUCAAGCAGGAACAGCCCUUUCACAUCAUCUGCUACCUGAUACUUUAAAAAAAAUCUGGAAAGGGUUGAAUCUAGAAACAUCUGCAUGCAAUGCAUUAUGAUCUGUCCCUGAGCCACAGCCCCCCUCUCUCCUUAGGUUUGUGUGUAUGCCCACACAUGACCCUGGGCUGGCCCUGACAAUUACAUAAUGGUGGAGGCACAUUUACAAUCCAAGUUGAAUGCCCCCCAGUAUAUUUGAAGUGUGAAAAUGAGUGAAUGAGAAAUAAAUGAGUGCCUUAUUACAAGGUAGAAGGGCGGGAUAGAAAUAUUUUAAAUAAAUAAAAUAAAUAAAUGCACUAUGUGUGUGUGUGGGCAAGAUGUGGGCACAAGGCUGUUUAGAAGGGAAUAUAAACAUCGGCUGGUAAGAAUAUACACAUUAGCUGUUGAAAAUAUAUUCACCUCUAUCAUGAUGUAAGUGUGUAAGAACAGUAGCAAAAAUAUGUUUACAUGCACAUCCAGCAGCUAUUUGUGCAGUACAGGAUGUGUGGGGGAUGGGGAUGAUUAUAUAAUAAACUGGGCAAAAUGCACAUACAUGCACAUAUGUUAAACUCAUAUCCAUCCUGCCUCUGCACUUGCCUGUCCUGAAGUAUUGUUUGCUUGGAUCUGAGCACAGUAGAGCGAACACAUCUUCAUAACUCUGGGGGAGCAGGUAUUGCUGCUGUGUGGGUAAGAAGGUAUCUAAAUAACUGAGUCAUCUGUGAAUCUUUUAUCAUAAUGUUUGAAGAAAAUAAAAUA